CAAAUAACACCAUAAUUUUUUUCAUUUUUUUGUAUACGAUGCCGUUUGAUUUACAAACAAAAGUUGUAAUGAAGAAUAAUUCGUGAGCUGCAUAUCGUCGAUAUUUUUCACUACGCUUAUGAGAGUGUGUAUUGCCGAUACAAUUAAAGUAUAAUUCACUUCAAAUUUUGCACUCCUACGUAAUCGCCACGUUGACAACUUUGAAAACAUCGUUUAUAUAACUACUUAUUGAAAAUACUGUAUAAUGGCUAUCGUGGAUGGGUUUUGCGAGAGAUGAGAGGAAUCAGUAUUGGUUUUUAAAUUAGAUCCAUUUCACAGCGUUAUGCAAUUCGGUUUUUUGACUACAGCAAUAUUGUUUUGCUCAGUCUUAACUACUCCAGCCACAGGAGGAUCAAAUCCAAAAUAUUUUUUUAAAUCGUUGCAAAUUCCAAAAAGGGAUUAUUGUACUAACGUGAAUGAACUUUGCCAAUCGCAAAAGAAAUUUUCUGAGAAGUUUAAAUCUUCAGAUAAAAGACUAAAAAAUCUUCUGCAUCCUCAAAUUCAAACUCUCCAUCUUGUUCUUAAGGAAUUGAAUGACACCAGACAUGCUAUAUUUGCAUCAUUCAACUUUUUGAAAAAACUUCUCAGUGAGGAUAGUAAAUCAAUUGCUAAUGUGAAAGAAAGAGUUCAAGCAAGAAUGAUAAACUUGGAAAACGAGGUUGCACGUGAGCAAAUGUUGUUAACUGAGAUAUCAAAAGCCGAGAAAGAUUUUAAUACCAUCAAUAAGAAAGAGAAACAAAAUGACACCUCAAGCACUCAUUCAUCAAAAAUGCAAAAAUAUAUAGAAGAGGUAUUGAGUGAGGUAUCAGAUUCCGCAGAUAAACUGGAAGAUUCUUUAGAGGAAAAUGUAUAUUCAAGUCAAAAAGGUGGGGCUUAUGAGGUUGUGUUGAGAGUAAAUGAAAAUGAAGAAGGGGAUAUCUUGGAUAGUAGAGGCAACAAUUACAGUCAAUUACUCAGCGAUCAAACAAAAUAUGUCAUGACAUCAUUGAUUGACUCAAACAGUAAUCGUUAUGUAUUAUCAAAAGCCAAUGAUCCUACACUGCCACACGAAGAUCGACAUCUCAUACAAAGUUUAUUUUUCAUAAUAAUAUUGUCUUUUAUCUUUGUACUGCUGUGUAACAUACUUCAUAUGCCUACCAUGUUUGGGUUUGUUAUAAUGGGCAUGAUCCUUGGUCCAACUGGUUUGAAUUUAAUACAGUCAACUGUUCAAAUUGAAACACUUGGUGAGUUUGGUGUUUUUCUCAUUAUAUUUUCACUUGGGUUGGAGUUUUCCCCUGACAAAAUAAAAAAGGUGUGGAAAGUUGCAGUUUUUGGUAGUACAGCCAUCAUGAUUACUGUUGUACUUUGUGGUGUUGUUUGGGGGCUGUUUUUUGGUAUUCCAGCAAGACAAAGUUUAUUUGUUGCUGCUUGCUUGUGUCUUUCCAGUACUCCACUUGUUGCCAAGUUCAUAUCAUCGUCAUCUUUAGAAAAAACAUCACUACACACCGGAGAUAAACUUCAUACAAACGGUGAUGACUAUGCUAGUCCAUUGCUCGGAAUUCUUGUUAUGCAAGACGUUCAUAUGGGAUUUCUCAUCGCCAUUCUUCCUGCAUUGGCUGGACAUCACGGCACACGAAGUGCAAGAGUUAUCAAGACUGGAUUAGUUCAUAAUCUCUUACAUGGAAUAAGGCAUUCUGAGGAAGCAUUACCAAUUGGUUGGCUUAUGUUUGAACUGAUAUUGGCUGUCAUUGGAGUUAUGAUAUUUGGAUACUUUAUUACAAAAUAUUUUUUAGGCAAGUUUUUCAGGUUUCUUCAAAGUAGAGAAGAAGGCAGUUCAGAGUUAACUACACUUGGAAUAUUAUCUUUUUGUUUUAUCUUUUUGCAGUUGACAGACCUACUUGGAAUUUCAAUGGAACUGGGAUGCUUUAUUGCAGGAACAAUGAUAAGCUCUCUGGGUGAAGAAAAUAUGAAAGAGUUGAACAAGUUACUGGAAUCAAUCAAGGAUUUAUUUUCUUGUAUUUUCUUUACUUCAAUUGGAUUACAUGUAUUUCCAACGUUUCUUUUUGACCAAUUAACCUUAAUUGUCGUUUUAACUUUGGGUGUUGUUAUAAUUAAGCUUGUGGUGGCAUCUUCUGUUCUUCGAUUUUUGACCACUGAAUCAAAGAAUGUUAGAUUUAUAAUAGCAGCUGGUUUAGCUCAAGUUAGUGAGUUUUCUUUCGUUGUUGGAAGCCGUGCCCGGAGAUUGGGCUUAAUCACACGAGAGAUAUAUUUGAUCAUUUUGAGCGUGACUUCGUUAAGUCUAUUUAUUGCACCAUUAUUGUGGAAAAUGGCUCUUUGGAAAUUUGCUGGUCGACGUAGUCACGCCCCUCGCAUAGUCAUGACGUUGCUUUCAUUCUUACUUAAUAAAAUUUUACAAUAUUUACCAGUGUAAAUUAUUCAUUAAAUCAAUGAUUUAUUCAAACAUACUUAGUCAUAUCUAGGCUAGCAGUAAAAAAGAUACAAAUUACUAUUUGUUAAAUGAAUAAUGAAACUAUCAAUGUUAGUUUUGAAUUAAUGUAGUAAAAGUAACUUAGAAAAUUA